UUUCAGUAUGAAGCGAGUGUACGUGACAUAUGAACCAGAAUGCUUUAAACGAUUCUGUCACUUUAGCCCAUUUUCUGAUAUUGAAUCUAUUCCCAGUCCAUAUGAAUAUUAUGGUCCAAUCCGGGAAAAAGAGUUUUACGAAGGAGACAAUGGAAUUAUCAAACUGAAAGAGAAAAUUAUAUCAAUAGUGGAUCCCAAACCAAGGAUUAUUCACCGUUACGCUUUAGAAGCUCUGAAAAAACCGGGAACGUAUUUUGUUCAAACUAAGUCAAAUCUACUAGGACCGUUUUUCAUCACUCCGACGCCAGAUGAUUUGCCGAAAGGAGAAUUAGUUAUGAUUUAUGAGUGCUGCUCUGCAUUUUCCGAGACUAGCACUUGUUGCUUUCGGCCGAUUGGUUUGCUUCAAAACUGAUAGUGGUAAUUUUUCGAUCUCAAUAAUUCAAUUCGAGAAAGGUUUUUGAUUAUCUAUAAUAAUAUGGGUUUUGGUGAAUUUUGAUCAAUUUAUUUUAUCAAUUUGUGACAAAAAUAAACAAUUGAAUGACGGUUGCAAGUUUAUAUGCAUUGAAUAAUUAAUAGAUGUUUGUAAGAACUCCUCACGUCCAAGCAAAGCGAUGUUCCGAGUUUCGGAUCAUUCCUUCAGUAUUUCUCCCGUUUACUCAUAUUCUGAGCAUAUAUUAUUUGAGUAACCCCAAGUUUCUAAAACAUAUAUCAGAUCUUGAAUAACGAGAUGUCUGACAACUGAUGAUUGCAACAUAAACUACCCACAUAACAUUAUUUCCUCCCGCCUGACCUAAUUGUCCUGUUAACAAACUUUCGUUCCUAUUUAUUCUUCUUGUUUCUAUCCCUCUUAUUCAGUGUAUUGUAUUUAUGAUCUAUUGUAUGUGUAAAUUUUUCUUUUUUCUUCAACUUUUUCCACGUCUCCUCGCGAGCGUAAAUAAGUAAAUAAAUUAAUUAUUGACC